AUUAGAGGAGACGGGGAGGGGGCACGCCGGGGUUGGGUUUCAAGGGUGGGGGGAGGAAGCCGGCGGCUCGAGCCCCCACCCCGUGGCUCCGGGGUGCGCAUCUGACUGAGGAAGGGGUUGGGGGGCGCAGAAAGAGAGAGAAAGAGGGGAGGCAGGAGAGCUCCGGGCGAGGCGAGGCGGUUUUCGGGGGUGGGAGGGGGAAGUCGGCAAAGUUUGGGGCGGGCGCGUGUUGUCCGGGGAGAGCCUGGAGCCGGGGGCACGAGGCGGCUCCGCGGGGGCGCAGAUGGCUACCCAGGUGGAGGCUCUCCUGCCCGCGAACCCCCUUCUGCCCUCCGAGGAGCACGGGCUGGUGAUGAAGAAGCCUCAGGAGAAAGGGGAGCAGCACCUCCUGCACCAAGGAGAGAAGGCCAACGCCGACGAGGGCAAGGGGGGCGGCCCCGACAGCUGCAGCAAGGAAGGCGGCGGCGGCGGCAACGUGGGGGAGCAGCAUCUGCGCCGAAACGGGGCGCUGCUCAAGCCCCCCAGCAUCAAGCAGCAGAAGGAGGACAGUAACAACCAGGAGAAGGAGAACCUGCUGCACCAGAGGAGCGGCGGCGGCGGCACCGACUCGACGCGGCUGCCCAGCGAGGCCGGUAGCAGCAGCAGCGGCGGCGAGGAGGGCGGCGAGACGGGAGGCGUUGGGCGCAAGGAAUUCAUCGAGGCCCCCCCGCCCAAGGUGAACCCUUGGACUAAGAACGCCCCGGUGGCGCUGGUCACCCUCAACGGACAGUCGCCCCCAGAGCAUUCAACCCCAGCCAAGGUGGUGAAAGCUGCAAAUCCAAGGCAACGUAAAGGAAGCAAGGUUGGUGACUUUGGGGAUGCCACAAACUGGCCAACGCCAGGAGAAAUAGCUCACAAGAGUGUCCAGCAGCUGCCACACAAGCCUCAAUCUCUCCGGAAGGUUCCUAUUAAGAAAAACAUGAAGGAGCAGGAGAAAGGGGAAGGGAGCGAUGGUAAAGAGAACAUGAAAGCCCGGUCAGAUGAAUCGGGGGAGGAGAAGAAUGGAGAUGAUGACAACCAGAAAUCAGCUCAGAAGAAGAAGGGUAGCAGACACAAAUGGGUCCCUCUGCAAAUAGACAUGAAGUCUGAGGUACCAAGAGACAAAACAGCUUCUCGCAACAACAGACAGAAUGAGCAGCACCGGCACCCUUCCAACAACCGAAGUGACUCAAAAGGUAUUUUUGGUUGGCAUCUGGAUAACAAACAUGAACGAAGCUGGCCUGACCAUGAUGAAACCUCUAGUGUCAAGAGUGAGGGAGCAACUGUGCGUGGUUCCUUCCGGGGCAGAGGCCGUGGUCGGGGACGAGGGAGAGGGCGAGGAAGAGGAGGUACUCGCUCUCACUUUGAUUAUCAGUACGGUUACCGGAAAUUUGAUGGCUCUGAUGGCUCACGCACUCAGAAAUACACCAGUAAUAUCACUUACUAUUUUGACAACAUCAGUAGCACUGAGCUGUACAGUGUUGACCAAGAGUUGCUCAAGGACUACAUCAAACGGCAGAUAGAGUACUACUUCAGUGUUGACAACUUGGAACGAGAUUUUUUCCUGAGACGGAAAAUGGAUACAGAAGGCUUUCUUCCCAUCACUCUGAUUGCCAGUUUCCAUCGGGUGCAGGCCUUGACUACAGAUGUUGGCCUCAUAAUUAAGGCAUUGAAAGACAGCAAAGUGGUAGAGAUUGUGGAUCAGAAAAUCAGGAGAAAGGAAGAACCAGAAAAAUGGCCUUUACCUGGCCCUCCCAUGACAGACUAUGCACAGACUGACUUCUCUCAGCUCAUCAACUGCCCAGAGUUUGUGCCCAGGCAAAGCUUCCAAAAGGAAACAGAAUCUGCUCCUGGGUCACCUCGCUCUGCUAGUCCUGUGCCAACGAAGACAGAGGAAGUUAGUAAUCUGAAGACAAUGCCCAAAGGCCUUUCUGCCAGCCUGCCAGACUUGGACUCUGAAGCAUGGAUUGAAGUGAAGAAGAGGCCUAGGCCUUCUCCAAUCAGACCCAAGAAACCAGAAGAAUCCAAAACGCCAGUGAAGCAGAAAGAUCAGGAUGAGCCUGAGGAGCUGGACUUCAUGUUUGAUGAGGAGAUGGAACAGAUGGAUGGCCGAAAAAACACCUUUACAGAUUGGUCAGAUGAGGAUUCAGACUACGAAAUUGAUGACAGAGACGUGAAUAAGAUUUUGAUUGUAACACAGACACCCCCUUAUCUGCGCCGGCAUCCGGGGGGAGAUAGAACGGGCAACCACACAUCCAGGGCGAAGAUGAGCUCAGAGUUGGCGAAGGUGAUCAAUGAUGGGCUGUACUACUAUGAGCAGGACCUGUGGACAGAGCAGUUUGAGCCAGAGUACUCUCAGAUAAAGCAAGAAGUAGAGAAUUUCAAGAAAGUCAAUAUGAUCAGCCGAGAACAGUUUGACACUUUGACUCCUGAGCCUCCCAUUGAUCCAAAUCAGGAAGUUCCUCCAGGACCACCAAGGUUCCAACAAGUUCCUACAGAUGCUCUGGCAAAUAAGCUCUUUGGUGUGCCAGAGCCUUCAACCAUUGCCCGAUCUUUGCCAACAACUGUGCCAGAAUCCCCAAACUAUCGCAAUGCCAGGACUCCCAGGACUCCUCGCACACCUCAACUGAAAGACCCAACACAGACGCCCCGUUUUUACCCAGUGGUUAAGGAAGGCAGGUUGAUAGAUGCCAAGACGCCCCGGAAGAGGAAGACACGGCACAGUUCAAAUCCUCCAAUGGAAUGUCAUGUUGGUUGGGUGAUGGAUUCCCGGGAGCACAGACCUCGAACUGCAUCCAUAAGUUCCAGCCCCUCAGAAGGCACACCAGCCAUUGGCAGCUAUGGCUGCACUCCACAAUCGUUGCCCAAGUUCCAGCACCCCUCCCAUGAACUCCUCAAGGAGAAUGGCUUCACACAACAUGUCUACCACAAGUAUCGCCGGCGCUGCCUUAAUGAGCGGAAGCGACUGGGCAUUGGUCAGUCCCAGGAGAUGAAUACGCUCUUCAGAUUCUGGUCGUUUUUCCUUCGUGAUCAUUUCAACAAGAAAAUGUACGAAGAGUUCAAGCAGUUGGCCUUGGAAGAUGCAAAGGAAGGGUACAGGUAUGGACUGGAGUGCCUUUUCAGAUAUUAUAGCUAUGGACUGGAGAAGAAAUUCCGACUUGACAUAUUUAAGGAUUUCCAAGAAGAAACUAUAAAAGAUUAUGAAGCUGGGCAGCUUUAUGGGCUUGAAAAGUUUUGGGCCUUCUUAAAAUAUUCCAAAGCCAAAAACUUGGACAUUGAUUGCAAAUUGCAAGAAUACCUCAGCAAAUUCCGACGCCUUGAAGACUUCCGAGUGGAUCCCCCUAUAGGGGAAGAAGGUGGCCACAAGAGAUACCCAGCAGCAUUGGGAGUCGAUGGAAGGAAGCGAUACCCAUCUCAGUCUUCCAGCAAACCUGUCACCCAGACCCCAUCCCAUCAAGUCUCUGUCUCAUCCAACCAAGUCCCCACCUCAUCUAGCCAGCCUGUGCAGGAGGAUGCCAAAAACCUGAGCCAGCCACAUGCAGUUUCUACAGCGACUGUAGAAACGCAAACAAUAGGGAAAUAAGACACACCAGAACUUCCAAUGGAAAGGGGGCAGGGACACUUGAGGGAGUUGGAAUGUGGGCAUCCAAAACCAGGCUGCUUACCAGAGGUGGGGACUACAACGCACACAAUUUCUCUUGUUGGCUGGGAAAACAAGACGAAGCAAGCUGAAAGCAUCCUUUUCUUCGCUGUGAUUAAGUUACUGAUUGGAGCCACAUCCACACAUUUUCACGUCUUAGCGCCUUUCUGGGGUAGGGUUGGGAAGGGGGAGAUUUUUAUAAAUAUAAAUAUAUAUAUAUCUAUAUCAAGUUUUAAAUUAUUGAUAGAAGUUUGUUUGGAUAAACCAAAACAAUUCUGCAUCAUGCGGCGACAUGAUCCAGCUCCUCCUCAUCCCACCGAUCAACUAUGCAGCCCACUUGAAAGAAGCUGGAGGCGGUGGGCCGGACAGUGUGGUUCCAUUUGGAAUUUGCCUUCGGCUUUCUAAGUCCACCAGGCGCCUGUCAUUCUGAUUCUGGAUAUGACAAUGCACAAGGAGUCCCUUUACCACCAUCACAAGUAUCACUUCUGUUACGGCUUCCCUUCCAUGCUGCUCACCUUUUCCAUCACAGACUUGACUACUGGAAGUCAACCAAAGGACCCUAGCUGAACAUGGGCCCACCUUGCAUUGGGCUCGCCCAGUUCCUUUGUGUGAUGGGUAGAACAUAAACUCGCACAGUGUCUCCCCUCACAUAGGAAUGCUACUCUCAUGGUGAGACUUCGCUAAAACAGCUUUCUCUUACAAAGCAAAACAAAACAAAAACAAAAAAAACCCACAAAAAACUUGUUUAAAAAAAAAAGUCUGUCUUUGCUUCCUUCCUUGAAAAUAAUAAGUUGCCUUAUUGUGGAGUUGGGAAAUUGGAGGCAUCCCUGACUUCUCUGAGCAAAUUUGGAACAUGGCAUCUGCUUGGGACUCAGCCGGGCUGUGACAAUACCUACUGUUUCCCUGUCCAGUAGUGACUCUUGUCUGCAAUGGCUGGUGAUCUCCCCUCCGACCCAGCUGUGAUUUGCAUCGACUGGAACAGUACUGUUGAUUUCUAGGUGAAUGUUGUCUCAAGCCACCUAGACAGUUUAUCUCUGGAGAAGGGGGUACUGGAGCACUAAAAUCUAAGACUUCUGCUAUUGUGUAGUUGGUGCUGAUGUAAAUGUGUCAACUUUUCUAGUGCCCUUCCUGCUACAGCAACUACACAUGCUAUUGCCUCACUCAGACCUCCAGGUGCACUGCCAUUUUCCUCCCUCUCCCACCAGGCCAGGAACUAGCCUGUUGAUCUCAUGAACUCUUCCUAUCCCAUGGUAGGCAGGCAGAUGUGCCAGGAAUAGGUAAUUGCACAGAGAAGAUCCACUGGCACACAUCCUUACUCUUUAAUAUAUAUGGUUGAAGAAUGUGUGUACAGAGAAAUGAGCUUUAAAGCAAACAAGGUGGGAUUUUUGUGUGUGGUGGUUUCCAAAAAAGAGGUGGCUUGCUAAGUGUUAACUUCCCUAUGCAGGCCCUCCCUUUCUGUAGACUCUUGAAUUACUGGCAUGCUAGCCUGCCUGCCUGCCUUCCCUGGGUUGACCAUGUAGCCACGGAGGACCCAGCUGUGUUUAGACUCUUCUCUAGCUACCAACACCGUGACUGUCUUGCAUCAUGAAAUCACUUCAUGUAUUGGAACCAUGUCCACUCAUCCUGUGUCAUAGAACUUUAUACAAAGCACCAUGAUUGACUUAACUGCUCUUGGGUUAACUGCUUGGAACUAAGUCUGAGACUAUUGGCAGUGUGUGACUGCAUGGCUCUUGACAUCUUAAAAGCAGCUGGUACUGGAGCUAUAGAAGUGAACUUCAGAGAAGAUGGAAGCAUAUGUGUACAGACAACUUGUUUCUGACAACAUGCAUUAUUGUUUCCUACAUUUUGUUAUAUUGCCUAAUGUACUGUCCCUGUUCUGCAAGCCAGAGAUUUUAGUAGGAGAUGGAAGAGCUGCGAUUGCUUGGUCAUUAUGCCACCCAAGCUUGCCCUGUGGCUCUAAAGAGGGAUGAAUGGUGGUGGCAAUAUUUCUAUGUGGUCCUACACACAAUGGCCUGGCUCCAAACAGUCUCCAUCCUUCUUUCCCAGUAAUGCAUGAUGCUGGAGGCACUUCCAUGAUGCUGGAGGCUGAUACCUUCCUAUCUGCAGCCACUCACAUGCUCUGCUCUGGAGGAUCCCACAGCCUUUUCUGGGUGUGGAGACUUAUUGCCAUAAUGGGUGCGAAGGAGCACCCUUACGCUACUUUGGAUCCUAGACCAUUGUUAGGGGUGGGGAGAGGAAGAGAGGUGUGUCAUCAACACACAUUUUAGAGGUUACAUUCUAGGCCUGUUUCUCAGAUUUUUAACAUGCUGCAAAGAGUGUGGCAAUGAGGCCUGUGUCAGGUAAGGAUGUUUUUAUUCCCAGCCAGUUGGAGCAACACUUUUUUACUUUAGGAAUGCAGGGGAUAUGAUGCUAGAUUGAUUUCUGUCAGUCCUCUUCUAGGAUGUUGGUACUGCAGAUGUAGAUACAUGGGCCUUACUGCCUUAGGAGAGCCUGUUGUUUCUAGCUAAUGUUAUUUCAUUUUAGCUGUGUCAAGCAUGCUAUUAAUGGGAGUUUGUUAUGGAGCAGUCUUGGGUGACCAUGCAGUUAACUUGUGCCCUGUGGUUCUAGUUUUUUGCUGCAUAAGUUGUGAUCCUGUAUUAUAUCAAACCCUCAGCCUCUCAUUGUGGUACCAUUAAAAGACAUGAGCAUUUCACCAGGUGUGGCAGAAUACCCACUGUGAGCUUCGCUGAGUGCAUCGCAGUAGCAGAACCAUGUUAACAUGGAAUUGGCAGUCAGAACUACUGCUGUCUUCUAAUUUCGCUAGUACAACAUGAUGCAAUGAAGCUGCUUUUCUUGUUUGGCAGGAUUUCAAUUGGUAACGGGCUGAAAUCCAAACUUUUGUAACUUGAUCACAAUUCAGUUUUGAAUAAGGCAAAGCAUGUAUUGGGGAACUGCUGCUUGUGAGACAGGAGUAUGUGUUCAGGCUUGAUGACAUAGUGAGAUUAACCAGAGCAUUUUUGUUUAAAGGUUUAAUCUUUGAAAGGAAAUGGUCUUUGAACUUUCAUCCAAGUGGCGAUGAGUGCUGAAGUCUUGCUCUAAAAAUGGUUUGUCUGUUUCAUUUCAGUGAUAAGCUGCUUGUCUUUGCUGAUGAAGAACUGAAGGCAAACAAUUGUUGGUGGUGUAGAAAAGGAUUCUGGUGUGGUAUAGGAGAUCAGUUAAGGAUGCAGGGUUAGUUUGUGGAAAGAGGAGAUAAGAAUCACAUAUUGAUUCCUCUGUGGAUGUCCCAGGAUAUACCAUGAAACUGGACCACAAAGUUCUUACCUACCAUUCAAGCGACAAGCUGAAGGCACUUGCUUACUUGAAGGGAGAGUAGCCUUUUGGAACCUUGAUGGGUCAGUCUCCUGCAUCAUCUUGACAUGACGAUGGCCGCAUGUGUUUGUAGACACGUUGCUGUUAGUAUGCACAUCCAGUACCUUGGCUGUUCAGUGCCAGAAAGUCAUAGCAUUAUUCCUAUAAAGAUGGUAUCCAGCUUUCUGUGUGGGUAUUGGUACACUCAGUUUUCACCACCCUGGUUCAAAACACUGUUAGUAUGCACAUCCAGUGCCUUGGCUGUUCAGUGCCAGAAAGUCAUAGCAUUAUUCCUAUAAAGAUGGUAUCCAGCUUUCUGUGUGGGUAUUGGUACACUCAGUUUUCACCACCCUGGUUCAAAAUUUCCCAACACUUUGGGAAGAGAGUAUAGUAACGAUUUUGUUUCAAUGUUAUGUCUUGGUUUUUAAAGCAGACCAAGUCAAUGGACACGUAUCCUGUCCCUCAAACAUAUGCAAUGGUAGUUCUAGUUGUGUUGUUUUUAGGAAGCCACCAGCUAUUGCCCAAUGUAUGAGACUUAGGUUAAAACAGAGAGUGUUUCCCAGUGGGAACUCAAGCAGUCUUAUAGAUAGAUAAGCAGUAUCUUUAAAGAAGUGUCAUCCUGGGUAGCUGACCUCUGGGCAGGGUAAUAGGGUGGGGGUCUGAAAUCUGGUUUAGGACUGACAGGGAAAGUAAGUGACCUUUAUUAGGUGUUGGUGCUCAGUCUGUCCUUAGCCCCUUUCUGCUCCUCCUCCCACUUUUGCAGCUGUUGGGUUGCUCCAGUUCUGUACUUGUCCAUCUUGCUUCUAGUUGGUUAGUUGAAUGUACCGUUAACACAUGACACAGUAACCACAGUACUCUGCCAUAACAUUUGUGUUGUUGUUUUUAAUAGAGCAAUGGGAUGGGAGCCAUCUUUCAUGCCUUGCUCAUUUUUCUUUUAAGCAAAAACAAUCAAAUCUGUUAACGCAGCAAACUCUGCCGUGCUCUAUUAUCUCUCCAUAUGGAUCCUCUUCUGAAACUUGGAUUUGUCAAUAACUUUUUAAAAAUCAGCUAGGUUUUUAGAAGGGAUGGGUAGCUACAUUGUUAAAUGCCUCAGUUAUUUUUUUUAAUCAAAUUUCAUAUAUGAGUGGUUUUAUGGGGGGGUGGCGGGAAAUUUCAUCUCAGCAACAUGGGUUUGGACAAAGUGGUUUUUUAAAUUAAAAAAUUCUAAGGAUAACAUUUCUGUUAGUUUACAUUUUAACUUUCUGAAGACACUUGAACAUAGGACCGAUGUAUCUGUGAUGAGGACACCCUAUGGUUGGAAGCAUCGAAAGGGCAUGGGUUUAACCAUCCUUUUUUGGUUUUACAGACUUUGUUCUUCCAAGUCUGGCCUUCUGUUGCCCUUCUUUUUUGUUUAUUUCCUCAAUGGUAUUGUUCCUGUAUCUAUUUGUCCUCCUUCCCAGAAUAUAGAUCUUGGUACAACAGGGUGGUCUAGGUCACUGAUAUCCUUUGGAAAAUGGAUUUCAAUGUCCUUGGCAGAAGCUUUUGCCCACCAGAGCCUUCCCGCUGUAGCAUUGCCAUGUGCUAUAAAACAGGAAUGGCUGAAUUCUCCUAUCAUCGUUGGCUUUGUCCCUGCAGUGGUGCACUACCGUGGUGGUUGGGAUUUCCAGCCUAUGAAACUGUGACUCAGAAGUCAACACUGAGCUUUAAAUGGUAGUGGUUGGAGCUUCCUUAGUGUGAAGUUGUGUUAAGCUGCUAAAAAAAAACAACAACAACCCUUCAGAUGAGGAACCUGCAAAAAGAUGCAAUGAUUGUUUUGUAUAGAUGUCUGAUAACGCCAUCACAGUAGGAAAAGAACCAUCAGUUUGUUUGGUUUGCUUGCUCUGCCUGAGCAGGCUUGUAUGUAUUCAUGCUCCAACCUUGCCCCUUCUGCUAAAACAAAACCCCAGAAGUGUUUGUAAUCACUUUCAGCUGUAUUUAUUAUUGAGAGAACUUUUAAACCAACUGUUACCGUAUAUCACCUGGGAGGAAAAGAUCUUGUUAAUAUGGCCCACCAUACACAAUCCCAUCUGUUAAUAGUAUGUAAAUCUUAACCCAUGUGCUAGGAUCAUCAUCACAUUGGGGGAGGGGGAGGGGGGACAGGGGAAGGAAGAGGAAACAAAUUGUAAAAUACUUGAAUGAGAGCCUGUAUUAUAAACAGUAAUAUUAUUCAGAGUAUCUGCUUUCUAGGCUGAUGUGACUCAUUAUUCUAGUAGUGCUUUAGUCCUUUGUAAUUUGUGGUAAUUAUGCUUUUUCCUUUUUAAUACAAAAAUGUAUAAAAAUAAAAACCUCAAAAGACCA